AAAUUAAAGUAUUAAAAGCAAUAAAUGGAAUGAAUUGCCUUAGUGCUUUCACUCCUCUCCGGACCCAUCAGACCAGCCUGAAGGCAAUGCCGAGGUGAGAAAACAACCCACAUGCAUUCCUAGCCUCUCAAAUAAUGCAUGAUCCCUGCCCACUCUUUCAAAAUUGUUGUCUUCAUCAUCACUCGGUCCAAACGCAGGGAAGAUAUAUAUCCUGUCCCCAGGUGAGGGUGCUUUUCCUGGGCUGUGGAGACGACUGAGAGAAGAUGAAGGCCUCUCUCCUUGCCGUGGUGGCUUUGAUCCUAUGUGCAGAUCAAGCAAAUGCCCUGUAUUGCUAUACCUGUGACUGGGAACAAAGCAACUGGAGAUGUCUGAAGGCUGAGAAGUGCUCGGACAAGGAUGAGUACUGUGUGACCAAUGUUGCCUCAGUAGGAAUUGGCUUUUUGUCUUUGUGGAAAAGGAUCACCAAGAAGUGCUCUGAGACCUGCCCACAUCACAACUUCAGCCUGGGCUUGGCUUCCUACACCUCAUAUUGCUGUCAAACCUUCUUGUGCAACCUGAGUGCAUGCCCGGGACCCAGGCUAGCUCGGGAUUGAGAUGGCAGGUAGUCCUGUGCCAGUCUCCUUCUUCACCUGCUCAGCGGUGGUGGGAGGAAGGGGCUCCUGAAGGCCUGAAGAGCAUGGUCAGAUUACCCCAGGAAGGUAUGGACACCAAGCAUGCUGCAGA